GUUACAUCGGCACUCGGUGGACGACGGGCCAAUCGUAGGCGUCGUCUUAUCGCGGCCCCACCCGCUCCAUGAUCGUCGAGUCGUGAUUGCCCGCCACGCUUAAUCAUCGUGAUAGAAUUUGACUUUGCUUUAGUCGCUAUCGCUUGUCUCUAACACCAACCAACACGUGUUGACGCGUGGCGCUCAUUGAAGCCGGCGAUUCACACGCACGGGACCGAGCGUGUUGUGUCCAGCGGGGCCGUUAAAAUCGGCCCGCGAGUCGUGGGAGAUCAGGAAUCAUGGAUUUCCAUGCCAUCCUGGAGCCUGGUGACAUACCAAAGCCGGGACUUUGGUACGUGUUAGCCCCACGCGGCCAACCGCCCCCCGUCACCGUGGGCCACACCUGCACGCACCUGGUGGGCUCACGGGGCGGCGCGAUGGGACGGGUGCUGAUCGUCGGCGGAGCCAAUCCCGAGGCCAGCUUCAAGCACACGGUGGUUCUGGACCUGGAUACCUACGAGUGGCAUACCCCCGACUGGCGCGGCCUGCAGCCGCGCUACGAGCACGCCGCCUUCGUCUCCCCCUCCGCCCCCCUCGCUGAAAGUAGUCCCGCCGAUGAAAAUAGUUCCACCCCGGAAGGAGGUGGCGGGCGUGCAAGUGGCGCCGAGGCAGCUUUGGAUGGAAACCCUCCCGGCUCCACAAAGAGCCCUCCUCCUCCAUCGCUCGGGAGCAGCAGCAGCUCCGCCGGGCUGUGGGUCUUUGGCGGAGCCGAUCGUACGGGCAACAGGAAUUGCGUUCAGCGGUUGGAUUUGGAGCAACGCAGGUGGGAGAGCCCCCCAGUGGAGGGCACCCCCCCCUGCCCCCGCACGUACCACAGCGGUGCGGCGGCGGUGGGGGGCACGCUGUACGUCGUGGGGGGCGGAGCGCACGGGGCGAGUGCCGUCAGGGACGCCCGCCUCUACGCCUUCGACUCUGUGAGCCAGCGCUGGUCGUGCCCCGAGACCAGCGGCGUGGCCCCGUCGCCGCGGCACGGCCACGCGGUGGCGUGCGUCGGCGCUCGGCUCUACGUCCACGCGGGCAUGGACGGCGCCGACUUCCUCUCCGACCUCCACGUGCUGGACACCGCAGCCCUGCGCUGGGAGAAGGGGCGCUGCCGUGGGGACGUCCCGUCGGCACGUGCAGCGCACGCUGCCCUGGCCCACGGCAGGUUUCUCUACACAUUCGGGGGCCUGGGCCCCGCGGGGGCCCUGAGCUGCGCCUACAAGUUUCACGUUGACAAGCAGCGGUGGACGCUGGUGAAGCUGAACUGUCCACCCCCGGCCCCACGACUUGACCAUGCCAUGUGUGUCAUCCCCUGGGUCACCCGUCUCAGACCGGACUCGCCAGAACUACCACAGGACGCAGCUGCCGCUGUUGCCGGAGCCUCGUCACCUCCUCAUCCUCCUCAACCUCCUCCUCGUGACGCUGCUGGUCAGUCCGAGUCGGCCUCACGACGCUCCGGCGAGACGGAGCGCUCCGCUUCCCCGACGCGCGGAAGCCCCCGCGAGCGACCGACCGCUCCCAUCGGAGCGACCGGCGUCGCGACGCCGCACCGCCCGGACGUCGUCGCCGCCGCCGGCGCUGGUCGGGGCCCGGCAUCGGUGAUCGGAGAGCCCGCCGGUGGCACCGUGUCCCUCUGCCUGGUGUUCGGAGGCAUGGAUGGAGAGGGGGAGAUAUUCAACGACUGCAUGGCCAUGUUACUGGAGUAGCGGAAGGCGACGCUCGUUGGAAAACUAAACUAAAGCCGCUCAACUGCUUUUUUUAUUACUCUUUGGUUCUAUUCGGUAAAGCCACGUAGGUAAAAAUAAAAUAACAAAAAUCACGGCGUUUCGGCCACAACACAAGUGGCCUUCAUCAGGUGAAGGG